UUAGGCUGCUUUGCUCACACAUUGCAGCUUGUUGUCAACGAGGGACUACUGUCACAGCGGAGUGUGAGCGAUGCCAUUGCAAUCGGUAGACAAAUUGUGGGGCAUUUUAAGCAUUCUCCACUUGCAUAUUCAUGACUGCAAGAUAUCCAGCUCCAGAUGCAAAUGCAACCUAAACGCCUGCAACAAGACGUCAAAACAAGGUGGAAUAGCACGUACUUGAUGAUACAGAGUCUUCUGGAGCAGAAGCGAGUACUCGGAGCUUACAUUGCUGACAGUGACCUGCCCAGUACACUGACCGUCAACCAGUGGGCUUUGCUAGAAAAAACGAGCAUUGUUCUAGCACCAUUUGAAGAGCUAACAAGGAAAGUAAGCUCAGCGACUGCCUCCACCGCCGACGUCAUUCCAGCUGUCACCGUCCUCAAACGCAUCCUGGCUAAAGAAGGCGAUGCAGAUACUGGCAUCAAAACAAUGAAAAAAACCCUUCUUGAAGCUGUCAAUAGACGCUUCGACAGUGUGGAGGAUGAACCCCUAUAUGCACUUGCCACCCUGCUGGACCCGAGAUAUAAAGACAGAUACUUUACAAGUGCACAAUCUGCAAUGAGUGCAAAAGAUGCACUGACAGGGGAACUAGAGGACUUGAGGAGCAGCACAGCUGGAGCAUCAGAGGCUGCAGAGCCACAAGAAAAGGCCCCUCGGGUGGAAGCAGCAGCAGCAGCACCAAGUAAGAGCAGCUUUAUGCAAGAGUUUGACCAAAUUGCGGAGGAGUGUGAAGAUCCCAGUGCAGCAAGCAGCUAGAGUCCUGCAGUCCAACUGCAUGGAUAUCUUGCAGAGAAAACCAUUGCUACCUCAGACAACCCAUACCAGUACUGGGAAGUCAACAAAUACCGAUUACCUUGUCUUGCUGCCACUGCCACAAAAUAUCUCUGUGCCCCCUGCACUAGUGUAGAAAGCGAGAGAGUGUUCAGCACAGUUUCCAACAUUGUGGAUGAAAAGAGAAACAGGCUUACAG